AUGGAGGAUGACGUGCGAUGGCGGAAGUAUUUCGCCCACUCAGGAGCCGACAUCUGGACGGUCAUUGACAGGGCGCUCCGGGAUGAGAAACGGGGAGUGGGGGAGCGGCGCGAACAGGGAGACGGCGACCGGCGCGAGCGAGAUCGACCGGAAGGACGCGGCAGUGACGAGAAGAGUAGACGGCCGUCAGACGAUGGACGACCGUCAGGUGAUGGACGGCCGUUAGGCGAUGUUCGGCCGUCAGGUGAUGUUCGGCCGUCAGACGAUGCUGCCGAGGGUGUGGAUGAUGAGAGGGACUUCCGUGGCGAUGCGACGAAGGCGGAGGUAGAGGAGGAGGAGAAGGAGGAGGAGGAGGAAAGGGAGGAGGCGAAGGAGGAGAAGCGAACGAAGCGGCGCGGGUGCGUGUUUGUGCUUGGUGAAAGCGACGCUUCGGAUGACGAGGAUUCAGAGGAGGAGGAAGAUGAGGAAGAGGAGGAAGAGGGUUUGGAUGUUGACAUUGAUGUUACGAAAGAAAACGACGGCAUUGAUGGGUUGGAUCAUCGAAGUGGGAGACACGGUGGUCAUGCUGGUGCUGGGUCCGGUGGUAGGGGCAGAGGCGGGGAGAGAGGGAACGGGACGGAGAGACUAAAAGGAGGGGAGGGAAGAGGAGUGGAUCGAGGAGUGGGGAGGGAUAUGGAGGGAAGAACAUGGGAGGACGAGGAGGAGGAGGGUGAUGCGACUGCAGCAGUGUUGGAAGAGCAGCUGCAGGAGGAGGAUCGGCUGGUGGAGCGGAUUGAGGAGAUUAAAGACCUCCUUAGACCGUCCAGACUGGACAAUGACUACUUGGUGCGGCAUUUAGAGUCUCUACUGCACAUGCCCAUGACCCUCGAAGCUCUGCGGGUGACGGAGGUGGGCAAGAGGGUGAACUCGUUCCGCAACCACCCAUCGGAGAAAGUGCGCGCCAUCACAAGGCAGCUCAUCGGUGCAUGGAAGGAUCUCGUGAAGGAGUGCCGCAAGAGCGCAGCAGCCGUAGCCCGCUCCACUGCCGGUCUACCAGAGGACGUGUCGUCCGGCCUGCCAUCGCCCCCUCUAGACGAGAGUGCCCUGCUGCAGGGGAGGAGCAUCGCCAUGGGGGCCAGUGAGUUAUUUCGUGACUUUGGUCUCGGCCUUGACAGCGGCUCAUCCAGAUCCGAUGGAAGCCCAGACGACCACCGCGCUCCACCACUCCAUGACGAUGUAGCUUCGUCCCCACCUGCUUAUAACGGAGCCCCUGCUUACAACAGCAACCCUGCUUAUAACAAGAACAAGCCACGCUAUACAGGGGACAGGCAGGAAGCACAAGAGGCCCAGGGUCGGGCUGGCAACAGCAGUGCUGGCGCACUAAGCAACAAGAUCAAGGAGAGGAGGGAAAAGAGAGGGGAGGAGGAGAUGGUUGGGAGCGAUGGGUUUGGCGGGAGCAAGGGGGCGAGUAUGCAGAAGGAAAGGGCGCGGGAUAAGCUGAAGGACAGGGGGGAGAGGGAGAGGGAGAGGGAGAAGAAACGGAAUGUGGUAUCCGGGCUUGCUGCUGCUGGCGUUUCAAGCAUGGACAGGCAGGGUGGUGCUGGGCAGAUGAUGGGCAGAGCAGCAGGAGGAGGGCGAGGGGGAGGAGCAGGAGGAGAGGGGUCGCCGUUGCAGAGGCGUUUGCUUCAAGGCGCUAAGGAGAGGGAGAGGGAGCGGGAGAGGGAACGGGAAAGGUCUGUGUCGCCGUAUCGACCCACUGCCCCUGCGUACGGCAGGAGCCUCACCCCUCCUCCCAACAUGAGAUCCGAGUUUGCAGCAGGGGGCGGAGGAUCAGAGAAGGAGCGCCUGGAGUUGGCCAAGAGGAAGCUGCACGAGCGGUACCAAGGGAUUCAGGACGCCAAGAAGCAGCGCACAAUCCAGGUGGUGGACCCGGGCGCAGUGAAGGGCGGCAAAGCGAAGCCCAGGUUUGCCUUCUCUCACAACGCGCGAGGGGGGGCAGCAGGUGGCGGUGGCGGGAGGUUUGGGCGGAGGUAG